AUGUUCAAUCGCGGCAACCUUCCGAAUCCAUUCAGCUCCGGCGGACAACCGUCCCCGCAGGGUUACUCCAACCCCAACCAAGCACCCCCACGGUAUGAUACCGAUCGCUUCCCUCCAUCCAGCGCAAGCUACCUAGCUUCUGCCCGCGAUUACGACGUGCCGAUGACUGAUGCACGUAAUGAUUCAAGAGGAUACGGAGGUCCUCCUCCACCAGGAGGGAGACCGCCGCCACAGCAGAUGCCAUCGAGGAUGCAAUCCGGACAAAGAGGCGCGAGCCCGACUUGGACCCUUCAUCCCAGCAAGAGUCCGAACGAGAACUAUACAUUUGGCAAUCUCGUCGCUGUCUCGCCACAGGACAUUCCACCUUCACGAGAUGGCACCGACGUCCUCCUCCUUAUCAAUGACCUCUUCGUCUUCUCCGCUCGCCCUCUUGAAGGCUUCCCCGCCGGCUAUAUGAGCAUGUCUGACCCUCAGCGCACCUGGGCCAAUAUUGGAUUGAGAGAUGCGAUCAAGGUGCAGCUGUAUGAUCCGUUCAGCCAAGGCGGACAGGCCUACCUGGGGUCAGCGGAUGUUGAGAUUAGUUUCGCAUCUACCAAGAAGCGUACCGAGGCUCCUUAUGACCAGGAUGAAUUGGCGCAAGUCGUGAUCAGAAACUUCGAGAACCAACUAUUUGCGCCUGGUCAACGAAUUCUAAUGGACAAUAAAAGUAUCCCACUCUUGUUACAGGUCAAGGCCGUCCAGCGGGUCGAUUUGACGUCAGAAAAGCCCGACCUCAGUGUUGGAGAAGUCGAGACCGAUCCCACGGCCAGGGGUAUCCUCACAAGACACACACAACUCAACUUUUUCAAGGAUACCCAGACCGGUAUCAAUGUGAAGCCAUCUAACCGUCGACCAGCGGCCAACUCCAUCAUUCAGCCCGGCUUCAAGUUCCAGGAUAUGGGUAUCGGUGGUUUGGACGCUGAGUUCAGUACUAUUUUCCGUCGUGCUUUCGCCUCUCGUAUCUUCCCUCCCGGUCUGGUUGAGAAACUUGGUAUCCAGCACGUCAAAGGUCUUCUGCUUUAUGGACCUCCUGGAACGGGUAAAACUCUCAUUGCUCGUCAAAUUGGAAAGAUGCUCAAUGCCCGGGAGCCCAAGAUUAUCAACGGUCCGGAAGUCUUGAACAAGUACGUGGGUCAAUCGGAAGAGAACAUCCGUAAGAUGUUCGCGGAUGCCGAGAAGGAGUACAAAGAAAAGGGCGAUGAGAGUGGUCUCCACAUUAUCAUUUUCGAUGAGCUAGACGCAGUGUGCAAGCAGCGUGGCAGCGGAGCUGGCGGUGGUACCGGUGUUGGUGACAGCGUGGUGAACCAGCUCCUUUCGAAGCUCGAUGGCGUGGACCAACUGAACAACAUCCUGUUGAUCGGUAUGACCAACCGAAUGGACAUGAUCGAUGAGGCUUUGUUGCGCCCCGGUCGUCUGGAAGUGCACAUGGAAAUCUCGCUGCCCGACGAGCAUGGCCGAAGCCAGAUCCUGAACAUUCACACGGAGAAGAUGCGAACCAAUAAUGUCAUGGACACGGAUGUUGAUCUGGCUGAGCUGGCUCGCUUAACCAAGAACUUUUCCGGUGCCGAGAUCGCAGGUCUGGUCAAGUCCGCCUCGUCCUUUGCAUUCUCGCGUCAUGUCAAAGUUGGUACUAUGGCUAGUAUCAACGACGACGUAGUGAACAUGAAGGUCAACCGUGCCGAUUUCUUUCACUCCCUCGAGGAGGUCAAGCCUGCCUUUGGUGUAUCUGAGGAGGAGCUGUCUAGCCGUAUCCCCUACGGAGUCAUCCACUACUCGCCAGUCAUCAGCGAAAUCCUGCGGGAAGGCGAGCUAUUCGUCAAGCAGGUCGGAACGGCCCAGUCAACCCCGCUUUUCUCUGUAUUGCUCCACGGCCCUCCUAGCAGCGGCAAGACCGCUCUGGCAGCACGUAUCGCCAUUGACUCCGGCUUCCCCUUCAUCAAGCUGAUCAGCCCCGAGGACAUGGUUGGAUUUAACGAGGCAGCAAAAGUCUCACACAUCAGCCGAAUCUUCGACAGCGCCUAUAAGAGUACCACAAGUAUCGUUGUCAUCGACAACAUCGAGCGAAUCAUCGACUGGGUGCCGAUCGGUCCCCGCUUCAGCAACAGUGUCCUGCAAGCUCUCAUGGUCUUCCUACGGAAACAGCCCACCCACGGCCGUCGCCUCUUGGUUCUGGCCACGACGACCGAGCGUGCCUUGAUGAAGCAGCUGGACAUCUACAACUCCUUCAACUCGGAUAUCAUGGUGCCCAAUGUCAGCUCAUUCGGCGAACUGCGCUUCGUUAUGGAGAAGUCCGGUGCCUUUGAUGCCCAGGAGAUUGCACAGGCUCUUGAUUCGAUCGGUGGUCUUGCGGAUGAUGGCCGUCUGAGCGUCGGUAUUAAGAAGGUCUUGCUGGGUAUUGAAACUGCUAAGCAGGAUUCUGAUAAGGUUGGUCGCUUUGUCCGUGUUAUCAACCGCGCUAUUGAGGAGGAGCGGAGCUUCCAGUAA